CCGAAAAUAUACCUAUACUUUACACCAGUAAAAAUCAUCUAUUUGUAAGCUGAUUCAUUACCCAUAUGAUAUAGACAAUGUUUAGACAAAUGAUUAGACAGACUAGUUUGGUCAAUGCACGAGCUUCGAGAAUUGGGGUAACUAAACAAACAGCACAUACAAUACAAAAGAUACUGUAUGGUAUAUAUUAUAGAAAUUAUAGUGUAAGUACUAGUACUAGUACUAAUACUAGUACUACUACUACAAGUAAAGAUACAAGUAAAUUUUUAAAAGCAUCAUCAUUUGCCUUACCAAAAGAGAAUGUGCCAAUAUCAACAACAAAUAUACAAAUCCCUAUAGAAGAUAUUGAUGAUUUUAAAAAGACUAAAUUAAUUCAUGGAAAUAGUAAUCUUGAAAUUGCUAUAACUAAACGAGCUAGUAGAAAAUUAAAUAAAAUAGCCCAAGGAGAUUCUAAUCCUAAUAGUGUAUUAAAAAUAAGUGUAGAAAGUGGAGGAUGUCAUGGAUUUCAGUAUAAUUUAAAAUUAACUGAUAUAGAAGAAGAAUUAAAAGAAGCUAAACAAGAUGAAGAUAUAGAUGAAGAUGAAAUAUUAAUAUUUAAAAGAUUAGAUGAAGAUGGAGAUAUUGCUCAAAUAAUGUUAGAUGAAAGUUCUUUGGAAAUUUUACAAGAUUCCAAAUUAGAUUAUGUUAAAGAAUUAAUUGGUAGUCAAUUUAAAAUUGUCGAUUCUCCAUAUACUUCAACAGCUUGUGGAUGUGGAGCAUCAUUUGAUUUUGAUUUUGAAAAGUUAGAAAAGAAGAAGCAGGAGAGGAAACAAUCACAAUAAUUAUAAUUAUUAUAAUAAAUAUUCUUAAUGAUUACGAAAAUGUAUAUAACAUAAUCUUAUUUAAUAUAAGUCAUU